AUUCUCUAAACAGGAGGCAACGACAACAGUGGGCACACAACAACAGUUAACUUUACCGUUCGAUCCGUAUCGGACGAACUUUCCUUGUGUGUGGGGUGGGUGGAAAAAAUUUACAUUCCAAAGUUCGAAACCGGGCAGCUAAUUGGAAGAUACGUUACGUCCGUUGGCUCCGGAGUGUGGCCUUCCGGCGAAAUUAAUUAACGGAAGCUCGGUAAUUUGCUGGCUGACCAACAAGGUUAUCUAGAGGAAUUAGCGAGUCGGGGUGGCGGCGGCGGCGCGGCCAUGGAGUACGUGUUCGACGUGUUCUUCGAGGAGUGCUUCCUGACGAUGGAGCGCAGCGGGCUGAAGAGUCGCAGCGGCCGGAGGGACGUGAUCGACCACCUGAACUCGGUCAUUUCCGGGUGCAUUGAGGGCCGGCCAACGGCCACCGCCCAGCUGGCGGUCGGGCUGGCCGUUCAAUCGGCCAUUGAUUAUCAUCGGAAGAUGAAGGACGACAACUUUCGGGUGUGCAUGAUGGGGAAGUAUCACAACGUGCUGUACAUUGCGCUGCGGAUUGCGUGGGACUGGAGUCUGGAGGACUCGACCGUGAUUCGGCUGCUGUUGGAGGAAAUUUAUGCGUGCGAAAACACAUUUGAGAGGUUGUUUUUGGGGGCGUUGUUUGGAUCGAACGCCCCUCACUUCAUCGCCGGAUGGAAGAGUGAUUUCAAGGACCAGGAUGAAAAUUUGAGAGCGAUGGUGUUCUUUCUGCAUCAUGCCGGGAAGACAAGACUGAAGUUGCCGAGUUAUUCGUACGUGUAUCGGGAUAUUGUGCCAACGAAAUUCAUUGACAUUCCAAUCGAGUCCUGUGGAAAGGCCGCUCCUCUUCGUGUUGCCAUGCAGGCUUCUGCUCCAGAUAUCCUCAUGAUAUUGUUGCGUCACGGAGCGGACCCCAACCCGGACGACGGCGGAUCAUCCCCGAUCAUAAGCCUGCUGGACAAGCUCCGCGAGUACGAAAACCGAUCCUACCCGUACCAGUUGGUGUCCUGCCUGAAGCUUCUCCUCCGCUGUACCAUCAUGAUAGAGCUUCCCUACAAACCACACCUCUUCCACGUCCGCAAAGAAAUGUUCCAGACCAAGUACCGCCUCCUACUGGAAGACAACCUCAUCCCCCUGGACCAGUUAUUCGGAGUGCCUACUCUCAAGUCCAUUUGCCGGUGCCACGUCCGCGACCAGUUGAGGAACAAUUUCCAGCUCCCACGCGGAAUCAACCGUCUCCAAGUGCCACGAAAAAUUAUGAAAUAUAUCGAUUUGCUUGACUGAUUGCUACAGAUAGAUACAGAUA